AUGUUUGACGGCUGCCUCCUGCCCCUCGUCGUGCCCUGCCUGCUGCUCUGCGGACUGGACGCCGGCACAGCUGGCGGAGCGGAGCUGGAAGUGGUGAUCCCGGAGCGAGUGCCGCUGGAGAAGAUCCACCUGCUGCCGCCCGGAGGGGAUCGCGGCGGCCCCCGGCGCCGGCGGGCAGCGGCGGAGCAGCAGGAGGAGGAGGCUGUGCUGCUCCGCCUGCCCGCCGCCGGCGCCGAGCUCUACCUGCACCUCCGCCGCGACCUGCGCUUCCUGGCCCGGGGCUUCGCGGUGGAGCGGCAGCGCGGGGAGGCGCGGCGGCCCCCGCGGGAGCGGCUCUGCUUCUACUCGGGACACGCGCUGAACCGCAGCGACUCCUUCGCCUCCCUCAGCACCUGCGCCGGGCUGGUUGGCUACAUCCAGCUUGGAUCAGAGCAGCUGCUGAUCCAACCUGUGAACGCAUCUGAGAGCUCCUUCAGUGGGAAGGAACAUCUCAUCAGGCGGACACGAUCCACCAAGCCCGGCCACCCCGCCAGGCCCCAGGGCCCUGAGGAGCACUGCAAGGUUGUGGCAGAAAAGAAGAGACAGAAGAAAGUGAAGGCCACGAGCGACUGGCGGGAGCGGAGGAACGCGAUCCGCCUCACCAGCGAGUACACGGUGGAGACGCUGGUGGUGGCAGAUGCUGACAUGGUGCAGUACCACGGAGCUGAGGCUGCCCAAAGGUUCAUCCUCACUGUUAUGAAUAUGGUGUACAACAUGUUCCAGCAUCAAAGCCUGGGAAUUAAAGUCAACAUUCGAGUGACCAAGCUAGUCCUGCUCCACAGUCGCCCUGCAAAGUUGUCCAUCGGGCAUCAUGGAGAGAGAUCUCUGGAGAGCUUCUGUCAGUGGCAAAAUGAAGAAUAUGGUGGGGCAAAAUACCUUGGUAACAACCAGGUUCCUGGUGCCAGGGAUGACACCCCUCCUGUGGAUGCUGCUGUUUUUGUGACCAGGACAGAUUUCUGCGUGCACAAAGACGAGCCUUGUGACACUGUGGGAAUUGCUUACCUAGGAGGUGUCUGCAGUGCCAAGAGAAAAUGUGUUCUUGCUGAAGACAACGGUCUCAAUCUGGCAUUCACAAUUGCACACGAACUUGGGCACAACAUGGGGAUGAGCCACGAUGAUGAUCAUCAGCCCUGUGCUGGGAGGUCUCACAUCAUGUCUGGAGAAUGGGUCAAGGGUAGGAACCCAAGUGACCUUUCCUGGUCUUCCUGCAGCCGAGACGACCUCGAAAACUUCCUAAAGUCCAAGGUGAGCACCUGCCUGCUGCUGACCGACCCCCGCAGCCAAUAUUCCGUGCGGCUCCCUCACAAGCUGCCCGGGAUGCACUACAGCGCCGACGAGCAGUGCCAGAUCCUUUUUGGCACCAACGCCACCUUCUGUAAGGAUAUGGAGCAUUUGAUGUGUGCUGGGCUCUGGUGCCUGGUGGAAGGAGACACAUCCUGUAAGACAAAGUUGGACCCCCCUCUGGAUGGCACCGAGUGUGGCGCAGACAAGUGGUGCCGAGCUGGGGAGUGUGUCAGUAAAACCCCCAUCCCUGAGCACGUGGACGGCGACUGGAGCGUGUGGAGCCAGUGGAGCAUGUGCAGCCGGACGUGCGGGACAGGCGUGCGCUUCAGGCAGCGGAAAUGUGACAACCCCCCCCCGGGGCCGGGUGGGAAGAACUGCCGUGGGGCCAGCGUGGAGCACACGGUGUGUGAGAACCUGCCCUGCCCCAAAGGGGUGCCCAGCUUCAGGGACCAGCAGUGCCAGGCCCACGACAGGUACACCAACAAGAAGAAAAGCCUCCUGACAGCUGUCAUCGUGGAUGAUAAGCCAUGUGAGCUCUUCUGCUCCCCACUGGGCAAGGAUUCUCCUGUGCUGGUGGCAGACAGAGUCCUGGAUGGAACUCCCUGUGGGCCCUAUGAGACAGACCUCUGUGUACAUGGCAAGUGCCAGAAAAUUGGCUGUGAUGGGAUCAUUGGCUCAGCUGCCAAAGAGGAUCGCUGUGGGAUCUGCAGUGGAGAUGGGAAAACCUGCAAGGUGGUGAAAGGAGACUUCAACCACACCAAGGGCAUGGUAACCAAUAGUCAUUGUAAGAAGGUUUCCACAUGUGUGAUGGCAAAGGCAAAGGCUGUUCCCAAGUGUUUCUCGUGUUACAUCGAAGCCGCUGUGAUCCCUGCGGGUGCCCGGCGGAUCAGAGUGGUUGAGGACAAACCUGCUCACAGCUUUCUGGCUUUAAAAGAUUCCAGUAAGAGAUCCAUUAACAGCGACUGGAAAAUUGAGCUUCCUGGUGAGUUUCAGAUCGCAGGCACCACUGUCCGGUACGUGCGAAGGGGGCUGUGGGAGAAAAUCUCUGCCAAAGGACCAACUAAAAUACCACUGCACUUGAUGGUGCUGUUAUUCCACGACCAGAAUUAUGGAAUUCAUUAUGAAUACACCAUCCCUGUAAACUAUACUGCUGAAAACAGAAGUGAGCCAGAAAAGCAACAGGACUCCUUGUACAUCUGGACACACAGUGGAUGGGAAGGAUGCAGUGUGCAGUGUGGAGGAGGUGAGAGGAGAACCAUCGUGUCCUGCACUCGGAUCAUUAACAAGACCAUGACACUGGUGAAUGACAGUGACUGCCAGCGAGUGACCCGCCCCGAGCCCCAGGUCAGGAAAUGUAACACACACCCCUGCCAGUCACGGUGGGUGACUGGCCACUGGAGUCCCUGCUCUGCCACGUGUGAGAAGGGAGUGCAGCACCGGGAGGUCACCUGUGUUUAUCAGCUGCAGAACGGCACCUACGUCAACACCAGGGACCUCUACUGCCUGGGCAGCAAACCAGCCACGGUGCAGAGCUGUGAGGGAAGGGACUGCCUGUCCAUCUGGGAAGCAUCAGAGUGGUCAAAGUGCUCAGCAGACUGUGGCAGGGGAAUUCAGAAAAGAACAGUGACGUGCACAAACUCCCAAGGGAAAUGUGAUGCAGCCACCAGGCCAAGAGACGAGGAGGAGUGCGAGGAUCACACAGGCUGCUACGAGUGGAAAACAGGAGACUGGUCCAAGUGCUCCUCGACGUGCGGCAAGGGGCUGCAGUCGCGCGUGGUGCAGUGCAUGCACAAAGUGACCGGGCGCCACGGCAGCGAGUGCCCCGCGCUGGCCAAGCCUGCAGCCUACAGGCAGUGCCACCAGGAGGUCUGCAACGACAGGAUCAACGUCAACACCAUCACCUCACCCAGGCUCGCUGCCCUCACCUACAAGUGCACGGGGGACCAGUGGACAGUGUACUGCAGGGUGAUCCGUGAGAAGAACCUGUGCCAGGACAUGCGGUGGUACCAGCGCUGCUGCCAGACCUGCAGAGACUUUUAUGCAAACAAGAUGCAGCAGAAGAGUUAA